UUGCAACGUUCGGAAAACCUUUCAAAUUUCAAGUGGCUUUUAACAAUCAAACAAAUCCGAAAUUCCAACGGUCAUAUCUGCUCGUCUCGUUCCUUCGCUUCCAAAUUUCCGCGCCUUCAGUCACAGAUUCAACUGCAAUUUUACUCCAUUGAAAUGGAUAGCAAGCUCUCUGCAUCUACAAUGUUCUCAAAGUCGGAUGAAAACAAUCAAAAUUAUCCUCCAUCGAUCGUCAAUUUGGACCCAAGGAAAUCAGGGGAGACGGAAAAGAGUGCGAAGAAGGUCUUAACUGAACGAAAUAAGGCCAUGGAUUUGAAAUCCGGCGAUAACCCUUUGUCGGAAAUUGCAAAAUUCGAUCCCUCUUUUUGUCAAGUGGAUUCUGGUAGUCGAGGUAAUUCUAUGUCUCAGACCAGAUUGUUAUCAUCUCGAGUUUCGGAUUUUGACGGCGAUGAGAAGAAUUCUGUGGCGGCGUAUGAUCCGUUAACAAAUUAUCUCUCUCCCAGACCUAAAUUUCUAAGAUACAAACCAAGUAGACGACGGGAGAUCUUUUUUCGUCAACAAAACGAUGGAGCAGCAGAAAUCUUGGUUUCUCCCACUCCAUCUUCUGAAGAAGAAACUGGAAAGGGAAAGAUGGAGGAUAUUGAGGGGGAAUGCUGCGAAAUUGAUGAAGAAAUUGAAGAUGAAGGCGAGGGAGAUGGGACUGUGAAAGGUUUACUUAAAUUCUUGCUCACUAUCGCAGGUUUGGUUUUGUCAACCUUGUAUAUCACUUCCAUGAACACGCCCACACCUUCCUUUGAAGUUUCGAGGAUUUUCAGAUCUGGGUUUUGCCCAAUUUUGAAUCACACUGAUGAAUUUGGUGGCUCCAACUUAGUAAUAGAAACCCUGAGUGCAAAAGGAAGUAAUCUUUGGGAUGAAGAAGUAACGGAGGCUACUUCAAACAUGAAUCCGGAAGGUGUAGGCCAAUUUAUUCAUCAGGAAGAUGCGAAAAAUGUUGGUUUUUUGGAAGAAACUGAGAUGUUAAAUGGUGAGAAUGAAUAUGGAAAUUUGGAAAAAGUAGAAGAUCCUGAACAAGUAGAAGAAGUUGUAGAGAAAUCUCAAGCUGGGCCUGGGGGAACUAUGGCCGACGAGAUGACUGAAGGUGAAGAAAAUGAAGUUGAAUUCUCAGAGCUAAUAGUUGAAGAUGAUGGUAAUCAAGAAAAAAGAAAAGAAAACGACGAAUCUAUUCAAGCUUCAAAGCCAUCCAUUCUUAAUGGAUUUGACCAAGACAACUUGUUGUCUGACAUUUUAGUUGCUGUUGGAAAUGAGUACACUCCCAAACAGGAGGAGGUUUUUGAAAUGGAAGAAGUUGGAGAUUGGGAAAUGGUUGAGAGCAACAAGGGGGAAGCCGAGAGUUCUGUGCGCGAGGCAAGUAAAAGCACCAUUUGGGAGAGAACAGCCAAUGUCAUAUCCAGUUUUGUUGAAGACUUGGAGAAACUGAAGUCUGAACUUGUUGAACUUAUGCACACUGAAACUGAGUCUGUGCUUAAGGUUAUACUUGGACUUUCAGUAUCGUCUGCAAUCUUAACUUGUCUGGUCUUGUCUUUCCAAUUUAAGAAGAAGAAAGUUGACAAGAAAGUACCCACCAUUUCUGCAAGUGUAACGCCAUCUUUGUUGCAGUCUCCAGUUGUAGAAGCUGAGAAAAUUAUUACAAGGGAGCCGCCUUCGCCUUCGCGUUCACCUUCAACGAUUAAGCCUACUUGUGUUGUUGACAAAUCAAACCAUGAGCAUAUUGGGAAUGUUGAUUCCUUCAAAAUGCUGUCAUCUUCUAUCCAUUCAAGAGAUGAAGUGGAGAGUUCUAAAGAAUUAUACCACCAUGAAGCUCCAACAGUUCAGUUUCUUGGUGAGAUCGUAGUUGGAGGUAUGAGCAACUCUCUUAAGAACAGAAGUGGCUUGAAGAACAGGAUGAUUGAGGCAGAGGACAGUAGUUUUCAUGCUUCUGUUGAACAGAAACCAGUGAGCAAGAAUAUGAAUUCCGGACCCGAGGAAGCUUUGUCAGAAUUCUCUACCACGAGUUCCCCAUCCUAUGGAAGCACCAUCACUAAGAAGAAAGCUGUCAAAAAAGAGGUGAGAGGAGACGAAGAAGUGAAGUCGAUCCCAACUCCAGUGAGAAGAUCAUCCAGAAUUCGAAACCGUAUCGUUUCUCCAUAAAACUUCAUUGUCAUAUCAUGCUCUUCUACUUUCUAACAUCACUUAGCAUUGGAACAGCAUCCUCUGUUCAUAUUUUUCCUUUUGUUCCACUAGUACUCUUAAAAUUCCAGACUUCAUAACUGACAGUCAUUUAGAUGAAUUUCUCUCUUAACUGAUAGAGAGAUACAGAGUUUAGUGGUGUUAUUAUUAUCCAUUCCUCUUUUUGGAUCAAACAUCUGAAGUGAAUAAUAGUUUAGAUCAAACAUCUUGURUUUGGUGUUUUGAAAGACAAAUAAGACGUGGGAUUCUAAAAUAAUUGAAUGAA